UUUGUUGUUGACAACUGUGGGCUCCAGAUUGUCCUCCCUUCAUAACCCCUGCUAAAUGGGUCUUGUAAUCCCCUUCCCACCCACUCUCUUACUCCCCAGGGCAAGAAUGUUGACUCCUGUUCUCCGUCACCUGUCAGAAUCCAUCCCCCUGUCACUGGCUUAUAUGGACAAGUCAGUCCAGGGUCAUGUGACCUUGGGUUGCUAAAAACAGCUCCAUCACCCAUUCUGAGCCAGGCCUGGAACAAUGUCCUCCACACAGAGAGACAUAAAGGACACUUGAUCGUACAGUCCUUGGAAUUAUUUCCAGGAAACACUUACAGAAGCCGUUCGGGAGCACCCUUCCCUGGCAGCACACUCAGAGACGGCUAGGAAAUGAGCACUUCUCUGAAUUACAAGUCUUUCUCCAAAGAGCAGCAGACCAUGGAUAACUUGGAAAAACAACUGAUCUGCCCCAUCUGCCUAGAGAUGUUCACGAAGCCCGUGGUCAUUCUCCCCUGCCAGCACAACCUGUGCAGGAAAUGUGCCAGUGACAUCUUCCAGGCCUCUAACCCGUACUUACCCACAAGAGGAGGCACCACCGUGGCAUCGGGGGGCCGCUUCCGCUGUCCCUCUUGCAGACAUGAGGUGGUGUUAGACAGACAUGGGGUCUACGGACUGCAGAGGAACCUGCUGGUGGAAAACAUCAUUGACAUUUACAAGCAGGAGUCCACCAGGCCAGAAAAAAAAUUGGACCAGCCCAUGUGUGAGGAGCAUGAAGAGGAACGCAUCAACAUCUACUGUCUGAACUGUGAAGUGCCCACCUGCUCCUUGUGCAAGGUUUUUGGCGCUCAUAAAGACUGCCAGGUGGCUCCCCUGACCCAUGUGUUCCAGAGACAGAAGUCAGAGCUCAGUGAUGGCAUUGCUGUACUUGUGGGAAGCAACGAUAGAGUCCAGGGUGUGAUCAGCCAGCUGGAGGACACUUGUAAAACUAUUGAGGAGUGCUGCAGAAAGCAGAAACAGGACCUGUGUGAGAAGUUUGAUCACCUGUAUGGCAUCAUGGAGGAGAGGAAGACCGAAAUGACCCAAGCCAUCACCCGAACACAGGAGGAGAAACUGGAGCAUGUCCGAACUCUUAUCAGAAAGUAUUCUGAUCACCUGGAGAAUGUAUCAAAGUUGGUGGAGUCAGGAAUCCAAUUCAUGGAUGAGCCAGAAAUGGCAGUGUUUCUACAGAAUGCCAAGACCCUGUUGCAAAAGAUCGUGGAAGCAUCGCAGGCAUUUCAGAUGGAGAAAAUAGAAGAAGGUUAUGAGAUCAUGAGCAACUUCACAGUCAACCUCAAUAGAGAAGAAAAAAUAAUCCGUGAAAUCGACUUUUCUAGAGAAGAUGAAGAUGAAGAAGAUGCAGGAGAAAUAGAGGAAGACGGAGAAGGAGAGAAUGCAGUAGAAGUAGAAGAGGCAGAAAACGUUCAAAUAGAAUCUUCAGGGGAAGAGGAGACUCUGGAAAAGGCUGCAGAGCCCUCUCAGCUGACUGCAGAGCUCCCCACUGCACCAGGGCCACUACUUGCUUCCUCUCCAGAACCACUUUCAGCCAUGCCACCUGCUGCAGAUGUCCUGGUGACACAGGGGGAGGUGGUGCCCAUUGGCCCCCAGCAGACCACACAGUCUGAAACUUCAGGCCCGUCAGCAGCGGAAACUGCGGAUCCCUUGUUUUACCCUAGUUGGUAUAAAGGCCAAAGCCGGAAAACCAUCUCCAACCCACCUUGCACUCCUGGGAGUGAAGGUCUGGGUCAAAUAGGGCCUCCGAGUGCUGAGGAUUCCAGUGUGCAGUCCGCAGAAGUGGCAGAAGCCGCAGCCAAUGAGCAGGCAGCAGUGAGUGGUAAGGAAUCUAGUACAACUGCAGCUACCUCUCAGAUUGGAUUUGAGGCCCCUUCUCCCCAGGGACAGGCUGCAGCCGUGGGGAGUGGGGGUGGGGCUAACUCGGAGCCAGCUCGCCACGUCUUCUCCUUCUCCUGGUUGAAUUCCCUGAAUGAGUGAUAUUUAUCCUUGUUGCCGCCCCCUGUCUGCCUGACUGAGAAGCACAUAGGCAACAGGAAAGGGUGGAAAUUCACCGCGUAUAUGCAUAUGAAGGAAACCUCUGGACAGGAUUUCUCAAAACAAAACAACACCCUUUUAAUUCCAGAUGACUUAUCUAACUUGUUGAGAAAAUGACUGUGCUCAGAACAAAGUUACAGAAAACACUCUUAUGAAGAAACGUGAUCGUCUGCAAAUCUUUCAUUGUGUGAGAAGCAUUCUGAAGGUUGUGUAGGUGUGGUGCAUGUGUGCCCAUCAGCUGUAGAUGGCAAGUGGUAACAAAUUGGUAGAUCGCACUCCUCUCUCUGGGCUUCUUGUUAUUUUAGGACACUUGUGCCUUUUGCUUUUCUCCUUAGCAUUCUGGGUGACAUUCAGUGUCAGUUCAGAACUGACUGAUUUAUCAAAAUAUGGAGAUUGGUCACUGACCAAAGCUCUGUAGGGCACUGUAGACGUCCCUCUUCCCUACAGAUGUCACGGGACAUGCAGCCAGAUGUUUUCUUUACAUGUGGCCACACUUCCACAGUCCAGAAGGCCAAAAGUCUAGGGCAACUAUUUUGACAUUUUUUCUAACCUUAUUUACAUAUCUCAUAAUUUUAUAUCCAUAUGUCAGACAUUUUAAUUGAAGACUUUUUGAGAGGAACUGUCUACUUUCUUAUGUGUCUGCCAAAGCAGCAAUUUGAUAAUCUGUGGAAAAACUGCAUGUAUUUAAAUAUACACCAAAUUCACCCAAUUCUCCCCCUGUGUGCUCUCUCUCUCUCUCUCUCUCUGUCUCUCUCCCUCUCUCUCUGUGCCUCCAUCACAUAAGUGUAACUUUACUUUAAAUGAACUCUUAAAUAAAUGUUUUUAAGAACUUUA